AACCAAGACACUGAAAUUCAUUGAUUGAGAAUAUCACAAAAGCUAGUUUAUCAGGAACUGUUGCUAACAUUCAGAUGUAAGACUAAAUAAGAUCAACUGUGCCGAUACGUUUGGGCUUUUGAUAGCUCUGCAAUUCAUCCCUUCAACUAAUCCUAUACCUUAUUAUUUAUAUUAUAUUUGUUUUCUAAAAAGCAGUUUUAGCGAACAAGACUUUUAUUUUGGUGUGGCGAUGUGACAUCAUAAGGCUGCGCCACGCUGCUGUUUUGUGAUUCGGAUGAAGAAGAGGUGUGUGCUUUAUCAUUUAAAGUGUUUAAAUCAAUAGAACUCGUUUAAAGAAAUAUAAAACUGUGAAAUGAAUUAUUACAGAAUGUAACUCUGAAAUACUUUAUCUAGUGACAUUAAUAAAGGUUUUAUUAGAGUAAAAGCGCUCCCGCACAUGAGUAACAGAAAAGGUGCGUCUCAUUUCACUUCAAAACGGAUCUUUUUGAAACUCCGAGUCAAAUGAAUCAGUUGAUUCGCUAAAUGAUUCACUGUUUUGAAUCGCUCGAAACUGCUGCUCGAAACAGUGGAAAUACAACAAACACAAACAUGUGUAACGACAGCUUUUACAAACCAACUGCAAAGGUUUUCAACAUUAAACCAAAUAUAAAUCUUAAUACAGAUAUGAAACUUGUCAUAUUUGUGCCCUUUUAAUAAUUUGAGGGCUAGUUUUGGUUGUGUGUUAAUUCAUUCAUUCAUGACACUAUUAUAAAGAUGGCGUUUAUUAAAGAGGAGAGUGAAGACAUGAAGAUUGAAGAAACAUUCAGAGUCAAACAAGAAGAUACUGAGGAACAAACAGACCUGAUGCUGCUGAAAAAGGAGAGUCAAAAACUGAAUGAAAUGAAAGACAAAGUUCAGAAUGAGAAACAUCAUGAUUUCACAACCGGAGAGAAUUUUAGUUCCUCACAGACUAAAAAGACUACACACAAAAGAGCUCGAAAAACAGGAGCUAGAAGUCACUUCACCUGCCAACAUUGUGGAAAGAGUUUCAGUAAAAAAGGAAGCCUUGAAAUCCAUAUAAGGACUCACACUGGAGAAAAGUCUUACACUUGCCAACAAUGUGGAAAAAGUUUCUCUUUAAAAGGAAACCUUGAAGAACACAAGAGAAUUCACACUGGAGAGAAGCCUUACACCUGCCCACAAUGUGGGAAGAGUUUCAUUAAAAAAACAGACUUUCAAAGGCACAUAAGAAUUCACACAGGAGAGAAGCCUUAUACCUGCCAACAGUGUGGAAAGAGUUUCUCUCAGCAUGGAACCCUCAAAGUCCACAUGAGAAUUCACACUGGAGAGAAACCUUUGAGCCACACAAGGAUUCGCUUGAUAGAAGGAUUUUAUGUUAUCAGUGCGGAAGGAGUUUCACAGACAGGAAACACCAUAUGAAUCCUGUAAUAACUCGGAGUAAAGAAUUUAUUGCGUCAUCACUGUGGAAAAACAGACAUAGCAAAUCUUGAAAUUCAUGAGAGAAUUUACAGUGAAGAGAAGCCUUUCACAUGCCAUCAGAGGAAAAAGUUUCAGAUCAAAAGAAAACUUAAGUCACAUGAGGCAUCGCACUGAAGAAAAGCUGUUUACUUGGCUUUAAUGGGUUAGUUCACCCAAAAAUGAAAAUUAGCCCAUGAUUUACUCAAUACAAGGCAUUUUAGGUGUAUACGACUUUCUUCUUUCAGAUGAAUCCAGUUAUAUUAAAAAAUGUCUUGGCUCUUCCAAACUUUAUAAUGGCGGUGGGUGUUUUUGUUUAAUAGUCCAAAAGAAGUCCAAUAAAGUGCAUCCAUCUGUAAUAGAAUGUGCCUCACAGGCCUCCUGUAAUAAAUUGAUGCAUUUUUGUAAGAAAAAUAUCUAUAUUUAAAAUGUUACAAACAGUUUUUUUCUAGCUUGUAUUAACCGUCAUAUGCAAAAGACAUUCCGGGCGGAUGACAUAGGAUGUAUGUGUAGCGAGUUCUGACGCAAGUUCCAAACCUGUGUGAGUUUCUUUGAUUUAAGACCCCCUAAUUGGACGUACUUGAUUUCUGACUUGACGACGGGCACCUUUUGAAAUACUUCUAGGACGCUGGCGAGUGAGGGUUGAGUUGAGUUGGUGUAUUUGAGAUAGUAAAUCUAUGUUAAAGUUGACAAGCUGCUAUAAUCUUGUUAGAGUUAUUUAUUUUUUUCCCUUGUAUAUUUUGUUUCUUUUUUAAUCAGUGUAUUGAUUUGCCCUGAUCUCUUUUGUCAUUUGUUUGAAAGUCUGUUGCCCUUUGAUUUAAUUGUAGAUAUUACCAUGUUCCAUCACCAUAGAGGAAGUAGACAUUGGGUGCCUUUUGUAGUCCACCCUUAUUUUCUUUACAUUUUAUCUAGAUCAAAUAGUGAUUGUGUUUUUAAUCAGUAGCAUCUUUUGUUUGUUGUUUUGGCUUUUCCCAAUCCAGGGACCCAUUCUUCAGACGUCGAUUAAUACAUCUGAGAUGAUUUGAAAGA